ACUCCACCGACUUCCCAGCGCUGUCCGCGAGGCUCGCGGCCCGGGAAGGCUCCGGGCAGUCCCCGGAGAAGCCGCGGAGCAUCGUGGCGCGCUGCGCCGGCCCCCUGGCGGCGGGGACGCCGGCCGCCUGCUGCCCGGGAAACGCGAGCCCCCGCGUGGCCGCGCGUCCUCGGACGCCCGGGGCAGCCACGGCUGGAGUCCUGGAGUCCUGGAGUCCACUGAGCUCGUCGAGGAGCCGGCCCGGCCCCCGCGGGGGACAUGGCACCUUGGCCCUGGAGGAGGCUGCGUGGCAAGAGGAGAUCGGCGUUGGCAUUCUGCCUCUUGAUGACCCUGUCUGCGGUGGCUGUCACCCGCUUCCCCCCACUGCAUCCAGCUGCCGGCCCAGACCCUGGCUCCACAGAACCCCAAGACAUAGCCAGCAGUCCCAUCCACCCUCUGUGGCAGGCUCCGAGCUCCAGCCAGAGGCAGCAGGCGAGACCUCCAGGGCUCUGGAGAGGACAGGUUUUGUCCAGAAAAUCCAGCUCAGUGUGUGCGGAGGAGCAAGGCCACAGAGCACGGCGAGCAGACAGAGAUGGGCAGCCUCCUGGAGGUGACAGCAGGCGCGCAGGCAGGCUCAAGAGGGAUGUUGGCUCGGCAGAUAUGAGAUUCACCGCCUCACGUCUCGUGCCCCCAAAGGAGGAUGAGGUCAGUGAUCCUGGAGCCCAGGACCCAGGUCGCCCCCAGGACAGAGACCACAUAUGGGACGGACCAGGAGGAGCCAGCAUCCAGGUGGGCCCACUGACCACAGACAGCCCUGUGGCAGCUGCUUUUCAGGCCCGGGAAGAUAAUGCUGGACUCACCGUCCAACCCCAGGCAGCACAAGGCAAGAAACCCCCAGGAGCUAAGGACAGACUCUCUACUGGUGGGCAACAAACAGCAGCAGGUCCUGCCCCAGCCUCAGGGGCUUGGGAGUGGCCCGGCUCCACUGGGGAGUGGCAAGAGACCAUGUGGUGUGACGCCAAGCCAUCGGGGAUGCCAAGCGGCUCCAUGACCAGCGGGCAGGUGCCUCCAUGGUUCACAGAAAGUGAUAUGCAGACCCUUCGCUUGUUGGCCCAGGGGGAGGUUGUGGACAAAGCCAGGGUUCCUGGCCAUGGGCAGGUGCUGCAGGUGGGCUUCUCCAUGGAGGAUGCCCUGCGGGGGGACCCGGCCCCUCCCAGGCUUGGCCAUCUCUGCUCCCGGGGAUUCUGUGGCCUGAUCAAGAGGCCCAGGGACCUGCCCGAGAUCUUGAGCUUCCACCUGGAUCGUGUGCUGGGACUGCGCCGGAGCCUGCCUGCUCUGGCCCGUCGCUUCCACAGCCCCCUGCUGCCCUACCGCUACACUGACGGAGGCGCCAGACCAGUCAUCUGGUGGGCUCCUGACAUUCAGCACCUGGGGGACCCGGAUGAGGACCAGAACUCGCUGGCUUUGGGUUGGUUGCAGUACCAGGCCCUGCUUGCACACGGCUGUGGCAUGCCAGGCCAGGCCCCUUGCCUGGGCAUCCACCACAAUGAGUGGGCACGCUUGGCGCUCUUCGACUUCCUGCUGCAGGUACAUGACCGCCUGGAUCGCUACUGCUGCGGCUUCGAGCCUGAGCCCUCAGACCCCUGUGUGCAAGAGCGGCUCCGAGAGAAAUGCCGGAAUCCGGCUGAGCUGCGGCUCGUCCACGUCCUGGUCCGGAGCAGCAACCCAUCUCGUCUGGUCUACAUUGAUAAUGCCGCCAACCUACAGCACCCCGAGGGCAAGCUGAACUUCCGGCUGCUGGAGGGCAUCAAGGGGUUCCCCGAGUCUGCCGUGAGGGUUCUGGCAUCAGGCUGUCUCUCGAGUCUGCUGCUCAGGUCGCUGCAGGUGGAUCCAGUGUUCUGGGAGAGCCACGGCAGGGGCCCCGGGCUGAAGCAGGUCCUGCAGACGCUGGAGCGCCGAGGGCAGGCCCUGCUGGCACACAUCCAGAAGCACAACCUCACACUCUUCAGGGACAGGGACCUGUGAGCCCAGCACAGCCGGGCGAGGGUCACAACCCUGGGUCGGUGGCUGUCCCUCGGAGGGCCACGCGUUCCUGUGCUCACCCAUCCUGAGGACAAGUGGGAAAGCCAGAAACCAGAGGGCCACACGGAUGCCACCUAGGACUUGGUGAUGGUGCUGCAUUUUUAGUCUUGCUGCAUUCUUUUUGGCCUCCUCAGCUCUGGCUAGUUCCUUGCAUCAAUAAAUGCACGUGAUGCUAUUUUUUUGUGAAAAUCGCUCCAGAGCCUGUCUGGGUGUGUAUUCCAUGAGUGAAGGCAGAGCUAGGCCACU